AUGUCCAUCAUCCGGGAACACACCCAAGCCACGCUGACCGACAUCUGGCGUACGAUCGACAUCGACGCGCUGACGGAGGACUCGUCGGUGAACUUCCCCGUCUCAACUCUCGUGCCGCCGACGGUGCGCGAAGUGACGGAGCCCGAGGCCCGACAAGUGGCUACCCAGGUGCGCCAGCUGCUGCGGGGGGGCGACGCCGAGGGCGCGCUGCGCCUGGCCCUGGAGAACCCGGUGUAUGCGACGCCUACCGGCCACGAGCUCGCCCGCGAGGUCCACAUGCAGACUGUUGUCGAGGUACUGCAGGGGAUUAAGGCGAGUGAGAUGAACGGUGUGCUCAAGAGCAUUUAUGCUAGCCCGGGGGGGAGUGAGUGUCUGGAUGUUUUGAUGAAGUAUCUGUACAAGGGCAUGGCCUCCGCAGGCUCCGGCAGCGCACCAAAGACGCCUACGCGCGUGACUCCCCAACCGACCGGUAUCCCCAGCCAGUUUGCGCCGCGGCCGGGCGCCAACCCCGAGUCAGUUGGUGCGGCGAUGAGCGUCCUGCUCAGCUGGCAUGAGAAGGUAGUUGAGGUGGCCGGUCUUGGGUGCAUAGGCCGUGUCAUGACCGACUUUAGGAGGGUAUAA